ACCAAGAGGCUCUGGCCGGCAGCGCGCCGCCUCCCGGGCCGGACCGGCCGGCCUUCCUGUGGGCGCGCUACGGAGAGCUGAAGCGGCUGGUGCAGGAUUUGCUUCCCCCAGGGGUCUGCAAUCUUCUGAACCCGUCAACAAUCUACUCCAACAAUGAGAUUUCCCUGAGUACUAUCGGAGUUUAUGGAUUUGACUAUGACUACACACUGGCGUUAUACUCACCUGCCCUCCACUCUUGCAUCUACAACACAGCCCGGGACAUCCUUGUGGAGCAGUAUAAGUAUCCAAAGGGCAUCCUGAAGUAUGAAUAUUGGCCGAACUUUGCCAUCCGGGGCUUACACUACGACAUUGCCAAGGGCUUGCUCAUGAAGAUAGAUGCCUUUCAUUACAUUCAGCUGGGCACCGUUUACCGGGGCUUGAAACCGGUUCCAGAUGACGAGGUGCUGGCGUUGUAUGAUGGUACCCUUCAUAUCCCCCUCCACCAGGCUAGUGGCUUCUAUGGAAAGGGUCCAGCCAUAAAGCAGUUUAUGGACAUCUUCUCUCUCCCUGAAAUGACCCUCCUGGCCGUAGUCAAUGACUUCUUCAUCACCAACGACAUUGAUUACGAUCCCAUCCAUCUCUACAAAGACGUAACGGAUGCCAUCCGGGAUGUCCAUAUUAAAGGCUUUAUGUACAAAUGGAUUAUGCAGGAUCUGGAGAAGUACAUCCUGCGUGGGGAUGAGACAUACGCCGUGCUGCACCGCCUGGCCAAGUGUGGCAAGAAGCUCUUCCUCAUCACCAACAGCCCUUUCAGCUUUGUCAAUAAAGGGAUGCGGUACAUGGUUGGUAAAGACUGGCGGGACUUCUUUGACGUGGUCAUAGUCCAGGCAGACAAGCCUCAUUUCUUCAAUGAUUGUGUCAAACCUUUCCGGCGACUGGAUGCUAAUGGGGAUCUGCAGUGGGACAAAAUAACUAAGCUGGAGAAGGGGCAGGUAUAUAAGCAGGGCAACCUCGUUGACUUCCUCCAGCUUACAGGCUGGCGUGGAUCCAAAGUUCUCUACUUCGGAGAUCAUCUCUACAGUGACCUGGCGGACCUGAUGCUGCGCCAUGGCUGGCGAACAGGGGCCAUAGUUCCCGAACUGGAAACAGAGACCAAAAUGGUGAACACAGAACAGUACUCACAAGCACUCACCUGGCUGCAGGCCUUGACCGGCUUGCUGGAGCGCAUGCAGAUGUUCAAGGAUCCAGAGGCUCAGAAGGUGUUGCAGGACUGGAUGAAGGAGCGACAAGAGCUCAGGGCACUCACCAAAAACCUCUUCAAUCCUCAGUUUGGCAGCAUCUUUCGCACCUGCCACAACCCCACCUAUUUCUCACGCCGCCUGUGCCGCUUCUCGGACGUCUACAUGGCCUCGCUCAGCUGCUUGCUCAACUAUGACCUCAACUACACCUUUUACCCAAGACGCACUCCCCUGCAGCACGAGGCUCCCCUCUGGAUGGAUCAGCUGUGCACUGGCUGCAUGAAGACUCCCUUUUUGGAAGAGAUGGCUCAUAUCCGCUAGGGACCUGCGCAGGCAGGGCUGCAGAGGCUCACGACUCUGCCCCAGACCCACAAGUGCAGCAGUGAGGGCUGACUUCUUGAAUUAAGAGUCCCUGCGGGGUAUUCGUCCAAAUUUACAAAGCAAGAGUGCUCCCUAGGAAUGUCUGAA